AAGCAGUGAUAUAACUCUAGUUAAAUGCUAUGUGGACUAAUUAUAGUUUCUUUAAUUUUCAUAGCUAUAUUAUGAAAAAAGUUAAUUGAAGAAAUGGCAACCGCAAAUUACACCAAAGUGACAGAAUUUGUUCUCACUGGCCUAUCCCAGACUCGGGAGGUCCAGCUAGUCCUAUUUGCUAUAUUUUUAUCCUUCUAUUUGUUCAUCCUACCAGGAAAUAUCCUUAUCAUUUGCACCAUCUGGCUUGACCCUCAUCUGACUUCUCCUAUGUAUUUCCUGUUGGCUAAUCUGGCCUUCCUUGAUAUUUGGUACUCUUCCGUUACAGCCCCUAAAAUGCUCAUAGACUUCUUUGUGGAGAGGAAGAUAAUUUCCUUUGGUGGAUGCAUUGCACAGCUCUUCUUCUUACACUUUGUUGGGGCAUCAGAGAUGUUCUUGCUCACAGUGAUGGCCUUUGACCGUUACGCUGCUAUCUGCCGACCCCUCCGCUAUGCUACUAUCAUGAAUCGACGUCUCUGCUAUAUCCUGGUGGCUUUCUCCUGGAUAGGAGGCUUCAUUCAUUCUAUAAUACGGGUGGCUCUCAUUGUUCGACUUCCUUUCUGUGGGCCCAAUGAGUUAGACAGUUACUUCUGUGACAUCACACAGGUUGUCCGGAUUGCCUGUGCCAGCACCUUCCCAGAAGAGUUAGUGAUGAUCUUUAGCAGUGGUCUGAUCUCUGUGGUGUGUUUCAUUGCUCUGUUAAUGUCCUAUGCCUUCCUGCUGGCCAUGCUCAAGAAACUCACAGGCUCAGGUGAGAAUACCAGCAGGGCCAUGUCCACCUGCUAUUCCCACAUUACCAUUGUGGUGCUAAUGUUUGGGCCAUCCAUCUACAUUUAUGCUCGCCCAUUUGACUCUUUUUCCCUAGACAAAGUGGUGUCUGUGUUUCAUACUGUGAUAUUCCCUUUACUUAAUCCCAUUAUUUACACAUUGAGAAACAAGGAAGUAAAGACAGCCAUGAGGAAGUUGGUCACCAAAUAUAUUUUGUCUAAAGAGAAGUGAAAGAUGAUUCAUACAUUUUAUAGUCCUCCUAAGGAUCAUUGUCAUAAAGCAGGAAGUAUAUGCAGUAAUAAUGCUGCAUUCACUUCC